AUGGAGCUUAAAGCUUUGAAGAAACGACACUUGAAAAUUGGCAAAAUGGAUUGUCUAUCAGUUGGAUUAGACAGAUUAACCACAGAUGCAAUGCCCUACGUUGUAUUUUAUGCUAUCAGGAUAGCAUUGAUAGCAUGGGUCUGCGAAACUAGCAAAAAUCAAGCCAUAAAGAUCAACACUGUUGUUCAUGACCUGCUUAAUAACACUAAUGACAAGCAAAUCAAACGUGAGUUGCAGUUGUUUUCUUUGCAAAUAAUGCAUCGUGACAACACAUUCUCUGCAAAAUGUCUCUCUCUGGACGCGACACUUCUCACAAUUGAGUAA